AUGACAGUCACGAUUAAAUUUGAACAGUUGAUACAUGUGGCAAUAGAUGCCGAGAAUGGAUCUAUUAACCAACAUUUGUUAAUCAAACUCCUCGAGUUUAUCGCGAAGAAGUCCAACAUCAAUUCUCUGAGCGUCAAUUUCAAUGAAAAUGACAAAACUGAGGCCCAGUGUUGCAAAUUUAUUGAGGCGUGUAAUUAUAAGAAUAAAGAAGAAAUUAUACCGGGAAAAAAUGAAGCGGAGUCUGUUGAAGAGAUAGAUAAUAAUGAAGACAAUAAUUCUGCAUUGGGUUGCGAUUUUGAAGCAUUGUCAGAGAGAGAUGAGAUAGAGAGCAUUUACAGACUGCCUUCGGAAGGAAUAAUUUCGGAACAUGAUUCAAUAGAAGAGGAAAAAAUUUCAGUUCCUUCAACUUUGAAUUUGGACCAGUUUUUAGAAGAAAAACACGAAUAUAAUAUUCAGACUAACGAUCUACAUGUGAUAGCUACUCUUAUUGAACAAUUGUAUGGUAAAAUCAGAAAAAUCAAAAGCGUGAUUAAAGUACUGCAAAAAAGCAUUAAGACAUGUAAUGUAACUGAUUCGGAUGGAUCUCCGGAAAGUGAAAUGGAUGUAUUUAAAGAAAUCGCUUUAUCAGACCUGGGUUCGGCGUUUGAGAUUCAAAAAUAUGGUUACGAUCGGUCAAAACUAGACGAAAAUUUGAAUAAGUUGGAUAUCAGUGCUAAAGGAGAUAUGUUUAGAGAAAUAUUUGGAAGAACACAAAAGAGAAAGGAUUUGUAUUUAGGGUUGUCAGUUGGAAAUUUUAGGGAAUUCGACUUAGAAUACAGAACGAAUUUCCUAACUAUCCACUCUUUUUUGGAAAAACACAGAGAUAUGUUUAAGAAGAUUAAAUCAGAAGUUAAAAAAAUUAAGAUGCAUUAUUUAGAUAAAGAGGACUUUUUCGUAUUUAAAAAAGCGAUAUCAGUGUCGCAUAAUAAAAUGAAAAAUGAUAUCAAAGAAUACAUUUUAAAGGAUCCUGAAGCAAUGGGUAUCGUUAGAUUUUUCAAGGACGGAUCGUGUAUGUCAUGUGGGAAACCAGCCAUGAUGAAAAUUACAAACACAGCUCCACUUUCAGCGAGGAAAGUAACACCCAAAAAAAGUUACAGCCGUAAAUCACGCAAGAUUAGAACAUCAUAUUUAAACCGGGCAACUCCCACUGGUCCAAAAUGUGAUGAGCCAACUGGGGAGGAAGAAGACACCCCUAAGAAAAUCGAUUGGGAAUACAGAUUAAAGAGGCUGCAAAUAAUUCAUAAAGGAAAGCCAAACAUACUAGAGGCAGAAAAGGAAUUAAGAAAUAUGCAUAUGUAA